CAUGCAUGUAAGCGACAACGGGGGCAGUCCACGUCGAAUUAGGGAUUUGUAUUUUAUCUGGAAAAUUUGCUAUCAUGAUGAGGGGGCAAGAAAAUAAUAAAGAAAAUAUGUUCACAACACAAUAUGAAAAGUUCGAGUUGUCCCCAUCUCAAACAUCCCCUCGUUUCAAAAAAUUUAGCUGCUUGUACAACGUACCUGUACCUCGUAUCCUCACGUUUCUUCUCAUGCUUCCACAACCAUGCCCAAAUCCUUCUUCCCCUCCCAAGCAUCCCCCCUUCAGCCCUUUUCUUCUCCUUUCCUCCUCCUCCUUUCGUUGCUUCAGAGUUUAGUUUCAGUAUUUAGUAGGAGCUCGUAGGCAAUAUUUAAUUCUUUAGCCCAAAAAGCCACUCCAUUCAGUGCAUGUGUUCUUUGGCGUUUCGUUUCAGUUCUGUUAAUGGGCAUUGCUUUUGCUUUCGCGACUUUUAUAUUCGUCUCUGUAUAUCCAGAGAAGGGCUUUCUCUGAUGAAUUCCUGCAUUCGACCCCCCCCUGUCUCUCUCUCUGUCUCUGUCUCUGUCUCUCGUUCUCCUCUGAUUUGUUGUUGUCUUGGGCUGUUCGGAGGAAUUAUAGAUCCGUGCUCUUGAACCGAAUGCUUCCACUUUUUUUUGCAUUGAAAGUCUCUCCUUGAUCUGCUUUCGGGCUGCGGAUUUGCUGCUGGUGUUUUUUUUUUUAUCAAGUUUCAAUCUUUUCGUAGAAAGUUUGAAGCUUGAAGAAACUAAAGUUUCACCGAUGCUAACAGCUCAUCUGAUGGCAGUCUCUCCUUUCAGCGUCAGCAAUUAAUGGUGGGUUGACAUACGUGGGCAUUUGUUCAAGAUUCCUAGGAUAGAUAGUGGUUUGGGUCUAUUGGGUCUAUAGGGCUUUGCCAAAUGUUGUCAUCCUACUGGAGUUUCUCCAUGUUUUAUGUUUAAGCAAUUGAGAGUUCUGGAGAUAUCGGGCUUUUUUUCUUUAUUGGAUCUGAGGAUAAAUGCUGAGGAAGCAGGUGGUGGUUGGAAAUUAGCUUUUAGUUCACGUGUUCACAGGUUUCUUGCAUAGAGAAGGCUCUGGUGUAACUCUAAUUGCCAGUUUUCCCUGAAUUGUUUAGAGCUCUAGCAACAGAAGUUCAUCUUCCAAUCAAAAUGGGGCAUUCUGCUGCUGUGUGGGAUUGCAAAGCCGCAGUCGAAAUGACAAAGGACUGGAAUGGGAUUGACCAUGUCGUGCUUCGGAGUCCACAAGGGGCUUCAGUGCGGGUUAGUAUGCACGGAGGGCAGGUCACAUCAUGGAGGAAUGAGCAAGGUGAAGAGCUCCUAUUCACUAGUAGUAAGGCAAUUUUCAAGCCUCCCAAAGCAGUGAGGGGAGGAAUUCCCAUAUGUUUCCCUCAGUUUGGGAAUUGUGGUAUGCUGGAGCAGCAUGGGUUUGCUAGGAACAAAAUUUGGACAGUUGAUGAUAAUCCUCCACCCCUGCCCUCGACUGAUUCUCAAGGCAAAUCCUUCAUUGACCUAUUGCUUAAGCCUUCUGAAGAAGACAUAAAGGGGUGGCCUCAUAGUUUUGAGCUUCGCCUUCGGGUUUGCCUCGCAGCAAAUGGUGAUCUGAGCUUAAUAUCGCGAGUCAGAAACAUCAAUGGAAAGCCAUUUAGUUUCUCAUUCGCUUAUCACACAUAUUUAUCAGUUUCUGAUGUCAGUGAAGUGAGAAUCGAAGGAUUGGAGACGCUCGACUAUCUAGACAACCUUUGCCAAAGGGAACGCUUCACAGAACAGGGGGAUGCCGUAACUUUUGAGUCAGAGGUGGAUCGAAUCUACUUGAGUUCUCCAAAUGUAAUCGCGGUGCUUGACCAUGAGCGGAAGCGAACUUUUGUGAUCAGAAAGGAAGGUCUGCCAGAUGUCGUUGUAUGGAAUCCUUGGGAGAAGAAAUCGAAGGCGAUGGCGGAUUUUGGCGAUGAGGAGUACAAACAGAUGGUUUGCGUUAACGGUGCAGUGAUAGAGAAGCCAAUCACAUUGAAGCCUGGUGAGGAGUGGACUGGAAGAUUGGAUCUCUCAGUGGUCCGCUCAACUUUCUGUAGCGACCACCUUGAUUUCCAAACCAGAGGCCUCUGAAGACUAACGAAGUCAUCGCAGCCAUAUAUAUCUUUUCCCUGUUCUGUUUCUGAUGGCAGAGAACCAACCCAAGGCAUCCCUUUGGACCGGUCCUGAACCGGUAAGCUCGGGGACAGUUGAUAGUCCCAUACCUAGCUCUCCAGUGUUAGUGUUAGUGCACUAGUCCGUGCAUACUAUAGGAGAUAGGAAUCGAGUUUGAGACCUCUCCCUCAUGAAGUGUGGCCCUCAGCUCACCCUUACUCUGGCGGACGCUGUUGGUGAGGCUGUUAGAUUCAGUAGUUUCGACUUUGGAGGCGGUCGGUGCAGAGCGAAUUGUAAUAAUUUUGCGAGAGUGGAUUCAUAGGAAAAUCUGCAUCGAAUAAAAUGGGAAUUGCAACUUUA